AUGAAAACGAAAAAAAUUUUCACUCCUACCUUUCCCUUCCUUCCUUCCCUUUUUCCAUCUCCUCAAUUUUACCUGGAAAAAAAAAAAAAAAAAUUUAAACUUGUUUUCUUUUCGAGGCGUUCUAUCGAACGUGGGGGAACAGGAAGAGUUCCUGCUUUGGUUGUUUGGGGAGUUCCAGGAUUCGACGUCGAAUUACCCUGUGACGUAAUGUCAGCAAAUAAAAACGAUCAAGUGAGCAUGGUUCUCUGGUUUAAAGAUACUUCGGGAAUACCCGUUUACAGUUUGGAUGCGAGAGGGGGCCCGCUAGAACACGCCAUACACUGGGCAAUGAGUAACGAUUUCGGUUCAAGAUCGAAUUUCCUUUUAGGAAAAGGUUCCAUUAGAUCAAGAUUAAAAAUAUCAAAGGUCGCAGAAUCGGAUCAAGGAAUUUACCGGUGUAGAAUUGAUUUUAAUAAUUCACCGACAAAAAAUUAUAAAGUUAAUCUAACGCUAAUAGUGCAACCGUCGGAUCCGAUUAUAUACGAUGCACAAGGAAAAGAAGUUAUUGGAAUGGCGGGUCCGUUUAUGGAAGGUUACGAUCUUUUUCUUUCCUGCCACGUCGUAGGAGGACGUCCACGACCGAAAAUUACAUGGUGGAACGAACACGAUGAACUUUUAGAUGACGUAAUGGAAUCAUCUGGUCCCUCUUUAACCGUCAAUCAAUAUUUUCAAUCAAACGUAACGAGAAAAUUAUACAAUUCAAAACUUAAAUGUAAAGUUUACGUAACGGAAAAUUCAAUUCCACUCGUUAAAGAAAUUCGUAUCGAAGUGUACCUUAAACCGAAAUGGGUGAAAAUAAAUUUUAUAAGUAAUUUAUUAUCGUCCGGACGUCCGCAACAAUAUCAAUGUGAUACAUGGGGAUCGAUUCCACCUGCUAAAAUCACGUGGCUUCUCGAAGGAGAACCAAUAAGAAACGCUGGAGUUUCGGUAACGCAAGAAACAAAUUUAACGACGAGCGUUUUAACGUAUAAACCGAAACCGGAAGACGAUGGUAAAGAAUUGACAUGCAGAGCGGAAAACGAAAGAUAUUUGGGGAGUUUAUUAGAAGAAUCCGUGGAACUAACGGUUUUAUAUCCACCGAGCGUGAGUGUUAAAAUCAUCGGACCUAGAAUCGACCCUGAAUAUUUAAGAGAAGGGGAUGAAGUUCGGUUUUCCUGUAAAAUAAAAUCUAAUCCCAAACCGUCGCAUAUAUCAUGGUUUCACGGGGACAUGUUCGUGUAUCAUAAUCCGAACGCUGGGAUUUACAUAAUUGAAAAUGACCUUGAACUAAGAAAUCUGACAAGCAAUCAGGGUGGAGAAUAUUCCUGCGGUGCGAGAAACAGCGAAGGUGAAGGAAGAAGCGAUUCCAUUUCCAUCAGAAUACUCUUUCCUCCGAGAUGCGUUGACGAAUACAAAUCGAAAAAAAUCGGAGCAUUGAAAAGAGAUACGCUCACAAUUGAAUGUCAAGUUAAAGCCGAACCAUCGACGGAUGUUAAAUUCAGUUGGACGUUUAACACAUCCGGUGAUGUUUUACCACUUCCGGCAACGAGAGUAACGAGUUUAAAUUUAAAAAGUCAUAUUGAUUUUACACCGAUAAGUGAUAGCGAUUUUGGUACAUUGGCUUGUUGGGCUGUAAACAGUAUCGGACGACAGAAAGAACCGUGUAUGAUCCACAUAUAUCCCGCAAAAGUACCUCAAGCACCCAACGAUUGCAAAUUGAAAAAUUUAACAACGUCGGGGGGAAGUUUGCAAAUAAUUUGUUUACCCGGAAACGAUGGAGGACUUCAACAGCAUUUCAUGUUGGAAGUUUCAGAAUUUAAUAUUUCUCUCGUUAUUGAUAACACUAUCGAAUUUAAAACUAAUUAUAAUAAUAAUAAUAAUAAUAAUCGUAACGAAGAAAUGAGUAGUAAAAAGUUUAAAAUUUUAAGUUCGGAACCUAAUUUUAUAGUUCGAGGUCUCGAAUCGGGAAAACUUUAUACAUUUUCAGUUUACGCUGUCAAUGGAAAAGGUAGAAGCGAACCCCCAUUUAUCAUUCCUCGUAUUAAAUAUGGAAGUUUAACUGCGAGACUUACGAGUACCGUUCUAGAAGAAAAAAAAUUGAAUAAAUAA